AUGAGUACUCAAACUCAAACGGAGACUCUUGUUCUCCAAGCCCGGGGCUCCUUAAAUGAAGUGGAACCAGAGCCUGGCAUCCUCCAGGAACCCGAACCAUCUCAGCAAGCGAAAUGGAUCUUACCGAAAAUUCUCAGUGCUGGUGUCUCAUUCUUUGUAGCCGGUGUCAAUGAUGGAAGUUUAGGAUCACUAAUUCCCUAUGUGAUCCGUUCCUAUGGUAUCGGAACAAGCAUGGUCGCAGUAUUGUACGGCGUGACAUUUUGCGGAUGGCUCUUCGCAGCUUUAUCCAACAGUCUCAUAUGUCGACAUCUAGAUCUAGGUGCUAUGCUCGCACUCGGAGCUACAUUCCAGAUUCUAGCCCAUGUUCUACGUUGUUGGCUCCCACAAUUUCCACUCUACGCUGCGACCUUCCUUCUCGCUAGUCUGGGUCAAGCAUUUAAUGAUACACACGCCAAUACAUUCGUCUCAUCUCAAAAAGGCGCACACCGUUGGUUAGGAUUCAUUCAUGCGAUGUAUAUGGCUGGAUGUCUUGUUGGACCCUUUGUCGCUACAGCGGUCGCUUCUGCGAAUACGGACUCUCAGUGGAAUCUCUUCUAUAUCUUCCCAUUGGGACUUGGUGUUAUUAACCUUGCCUUUGUCGGUCUUUCGUUUCAUGAUCGGAUGGCUCUUUGUUUGAAGAAAAAAGAGAGAGAAUCAGCACCCGGAUCGACGUCUACAUCAACAGGGAAAACCGCACUGAGGGAAAUCAAGGCUACCUUGAGCAUGCCGGGUGUUUGGUUACUUAGUUUAUUCUUCUUCUUUUUCCUUGGGGCAUCAAUUACCGCUGGUGGAUGGAUGACCGAAUAUCUCAUCAAGGUUCGAAAUGGAAAUGUCAAGGAUAUGGGAUACGUGCCAGCUGGUUUCUAUGGAGGUGGUUUUCUCGGAAGGCUUCUUCUUGCAGAACCGACGCAUCGUCUCGGUGAGCGUAGGAUGAUAUUCAUCUACGCAGUCCUAUGUGUUGGACUACAGUUGGUCUUUUGGCUUGUGCCAAACAUUAUCACUGAAGCUGUAGCUGUCAGCUUGUUGGGUUUCUUUUCUGGUCCAUUCUUUGCUACGGGAAUUUCCGUCGGAUCAAAAAUCUUCUCUCCAGAAAUCGUCUCUUCGGCUAUUGCCUUUGUCUUUGUCUUGGGUCAAAUUGGUGGAUCGAUCUUCCCAGCCAUCACAGGUAUCAUCGCUGCACAGGUCGAUGUCAAAGUAUUGCAGCCAAUGUUAGUUGGUUUGCUGAGUGCUGCUGGUAUCAGUUGGCUAUUCUUGCCCAAGGAUAUAGGACUGCAUCGAGACUAG